AUGGCGCCCUCAAAGACGAGAACUGUCAAGAACAAGCACGCUUCCAACGGCUCCGGCAUCAAGAACAGCAAGAAUGCCGCCAAGAACGCAGCCGCCGCGCCCGACGGCAUCGUCAGGAAAACCAGGGACACCCCCAAGGGAACCAAGCCGCUGAAGACCAAGGGAAAGUCGAACCUCGAAGCCUUGCUGAAGAAGCGCAAGAAGAAGGUCUACACGGAGGAGGAGCUUGACAUUCCCAAGCUGAACAUGGUUACGCCUGUCGGUGUCGCGAAGCCCAAGGGCAAGAAGAAGGGCAAGGUCUUCGUCGACGAUAGGGAGAGCAUGACCACAAUCCUCGCAAUGGUGCAGGCCGAGAAGGAGGGCCAGAUUGAGUCCAAGAUGAUGAAGGCAAGACAGAUGGAGGAGAUCCGCGAAGCCCGCCGGAUAGAGGCCGAGAAGAAGGAGGAGGAGAGGAAGUCGAAGCUGGAGGAAACAAAGGAAUCCCUCAGGAAGAAGAGGAAGCGCGCCGCCAACGGCCGCCCCGAGAACGAGGAGAACGUCAACCAGAUCGCCAUCUCGGGGUCCAGGGCCGCCAAGCCCAAGAAGAGGAAGAGCGUCUCGUUCGCGUAG